CGGCCCGCAGCAACGGGACCGUUCUCAUAAAAAUCAACAUUGGCGACGCUCAGGAAUGGAGGUCCACGUGAAAUACCUGUCAUCGGGAGUCAAUCAAACUCCUGAGGCUCUACAGUGGGGUCCAGAUGGGAGAGUUUUAUAUGCAGCCAGCACAGGAGUUUUGUUAUAUGACCCGAAGGAUGGCAGAAUCAUUGGUGCAGGCACAAAAGUUCACAGCAACAAGGUCACUUGUUCGCAAUGGGUACAGCCAGCACCUUCCUCUGGUCCAGCAUUGGUUACUACUGGUGCUGACUCCAAAGCAGUUGUCUGGACUGUCUCAGAUAAAGAAGAAGAGGGGCUUUUAGUUUUACAUCCUAAGGCUAUUCUAGAUCACAAGUCACAUGUUCCAUUAUGUGAUGCAACAGUUAUUACAGACAAUGGUAAAGAGAAAAUAUUAAUUAUGACUGUAACCACAGACAGUCUCUCAUGUUGGGCUGUUUGCCCUGAAACUGGGGAGUUUGAAUGUCUGAAUUCCACUACACCACCUGGAAGAGCUUUUAUACUGAAGUUAAAGUUCUGUAAUGUUGAUGGUUCAAAAUACCCAUUCCUGGUUUGUGGAGGCCAUGAUAGCAAGAUACAUAUCAUGACAGCUAAAGAGCUCGGGAAGUAUGUUCCAACAGCUGUCCUCAUUGGCCAUGAAGAUUGGGUUGUGGCUUUAGAUUUCAUGAAGGAAGAUAGUGGAGACAUGCUCUUGGCUAGUGGUUCGAAAGAUGCUUCAGUUCGCUUGUGGAAAUUCACCACCCUGAAAGGUGGUAAGGAGAGCCAAGACACAACCGAAAAGGGGGAUGCGAUACUAAAGUUAAAAAGUGUCAUCUUUCAAGUUUCAUCAGACAAGGAAGACAUCACUCUAUCUGUGUCAUUAGAUGCAAUAUUGGCUGGGCACGAAGGUCUUGUCUCUGGAGUCCAUUGGGCUCGAACUAUCACAAGAGAUGGCCAAGUUCAUCAACCCUUCAGACUCCUAACUUGUUCCAAGACCCAGGAUCGGUCCAUCAUCAUCUGGGAGCCAGAAGGGGGGGCUGAUACUGGGAGUGGUAUUUGGCUUGAGGUGGCUCGGCUUGGAGAGGUCGGAGGCAACAUGGAAGGAUAUUAUGGCUGCCAAUUUAGCCCAGACAGUAUGCAAGUGAUGGGCUGCAGCUAUCAGGGUGGACUCCAUCUGUGGGAAAACCAGUCAGGAGUCUGGGAGCCUCGUGUGGUUGUUGGGGGGCAUUUCGACCAGGUUGUGGAUAUGGCAUGGGACCCACUAGGAAGAUAUUUGUUAUCAGCCAGCAAAGACCAAACUACACGCCUGCAUGCCCCUUGGAGAUCAUCCAGUGGAAAAGAGGCCUGGCAUGAAGUAGGACGUCCUCAGGUUCAUGGCUAUGACAUGGCUUGCAUUGCUAGACUUGGAAGAUUCAGGUUUGCCUCUGGUGCUGAAGAGAAGGUCGUGAGAGGGUUUGCUGCGCCUGCUAACUUCAUCCGCAAUUUUGGUCAGAUCUGUAACGUGAAUGUCGAAGAUGAUCUUGAAAAAUGUAAAGUUGGAGAAGGUGCAUCCGUACCAUCCUUGGGUUUGUCUAACAAAGCGGUGACCAUAACUGACCUUCAGGAGGAGCAACAAAUACAGGAGGAGGGAAUGGAAGAGGUUCAGGCAUACUUCAAGCCAUUAUCUCUUACAGCUCCCCCAACGGAAGAUCAGCUGAUGCAAAACACGCUGUGGCCAGAAGGAGCUAAAUUAUAUGGUCAUGGUAAUGAUCUCAUUGCACUGGCUGCCAAUUCUGAUGGAACACUCUUAGCAUCUUCUUGCAAAGCCUCUCAUGAAAUGGAUGCCCACAUCAUUCUCUGGGACACCAAUACAUGGCAUCAAGUGGAUGUCUUAGCAAAGCAUCGCCUCACAGUCACACAGAUGGCCUUCUCUCCAAAUGAUGAAUAUCUACUUUCUGUGUCUCGUGAUCGUACCUGGACAGUCUUCAAAAAGGAGGUUUUACCAGAAGGUACCACAUACAAAGUAUCAGAUUUUUCAAAGAAGAAGGAGAGCAUGCAUGGGCGAGUCAUUUGGUCCUGUGCUUGGAUGUCCGACUCACAGCGCUUCAUAACAGCUUCACGAGACAAGACCGUAGGAGUUUGGUGCCAAGGCGAGUUAGGUUGGGUGAGGGAGACACUCCUGAAUGAGACCAAUGAAGUUACUGCUGUUGAUGUCAUGGAUUGCAAUGGCAAUGGAGUUUACCUUGUGGCCACAGGUCUAGUAAAUGGAGAGAUCAACAUACGAACAUACAAUUCCGAAAAGAAACAGUUUUCAGAAGAUGUGUAUAAUGUACUCCACCAACAUUACAACACAGUGAGACGUCUCCAGUUUAGCCCAGCCACAGAGACUGGAUGCCUUCCUCUCUUAGCCUCCUGUGGAGAUGAUAGAGGAGUCCGCAUAUUUGAGAUCAAGGUUCCUUCAGAUAUUGAGUCAAGAUGAAAAUUUAAUGAAUUUCCUGACUUAGUGACAUAGCAUUUUAACAAUAUUAUAACUUAGACAGCAUGCAAGUAAUUGUGCUUUUUUAUAUUUCUUUUCUUGUUAUAUUAUUUGUUUUUCAAGUUAGAGCCAGGAAUAUAUAUUCCCUCAGUUUUUGUGAAACACAGAUCCACAUUAAAUAUAUUUGAAAAACUGGAGCUUCUUUUAUACAGCAAAUAUUUUUGGUAUGGUAAACAACAUUUAUGGAUUUUUUUAUAUAACUUUGUUAGAUAAAGGCAACAAAAUCCUUCAAAUCAUAAGAACUUGUGCUUAUAGAAAAAAGGUUUAAAAAUUAAAUUUUUAUGAUCCUGUUCUUUAUUACAGUUCAUUUUAAACAUAUUUACAAAAUGUUAAAAGUACAAAAUAGAUAUUGCCUGUACAUUUCAUAGUAUUCCAUACAGGCAAACUAUAAAAACAAAAUAUUUGUUCGCUGUUUUGAGUGUUACUAAAAUCUUCGUGGUACAGUACAGUUUCUAAAUGUAUAUAUAUAUUUUUUUCAUUUCCACAGAAUUUCAGUCAUAAAGAAUCAAGGAAGUAUA